AUGCCUGGGGCCACAUCAGCCCACAGCCCCGAGCAGACCAAGCAGGGGGCAGGUUGUUCGCAAGCUCUGGCAUCAGCUAACUAUGCUCAGAUCACCCAGCAGUCGUGCCCUGAGAGGUCGGGCGGAGAGUCGCCGGACAGCUCUGUCCGCAGGCAGCUCCUGGAGGCCACCCAGGGCCUGCAGGCUGAAGGCCAGACCCCAGCCCUACCCUUGGGUCCAGCCUCUUUCCCCAGCCCCACCCUGGACCCCUCACUUCGGCCGACACCACCUACCCGCCAGGGCAUCAGCCCUGGAAGAAACUUGGGGCUCAUUGGGUUCAGCUUCCUUGCCCUGCUUGACGGAAGCAGGCGCUGUGCAGAGCUGCAGGUCCACGUCACUGAGGUCAUGGCCACAGCAGCCGAGCAGAGGGACCUGAUCGCCCGCUUGGAGCAGGACCUCAGCACCAUCCAGUCCAUCCAGCGGCCGGACGCCGAGGUGAGCCCACCCCCAACCCUGCCCCCUUACCACCUGCCCAGGGCUCUCUCAUCCUCACUGAAUACCGGCUCUCCAAACUGCCCCACCUGCUCCUUGCCCCCUAUCUGCUUGGCCCCCUGGAAGGCUGUGCUCAAUGCCCAGUAUGGAGGCGCCUCCCUGACCUGUUCCUCUCACCUGCAGGGCGCAGCCGAGCUCGGCCUGGAGAAGAUCCCUGAGCCCAUCAAGGAGGCCACCGCCCUGUUCUAUGGACCCUCAGCACCAGCCAGCAGCACCCUCCCUGAGGGCCAGGUGGACUCGCUGCUCUCCAUCAUCUCCAGCCAGAGGGAGCGCUUCCGGGCCCGGAACCAGGAGCUAGAGGCUGAGAACCGCCUGGCGCAGCACACCAUCCAAGCCCUGCAGAGCGAGUUGGACAGCCUGCGCGCUGACAACAUCAAGCUCUUCGAGAAGAUCAAGUUCCUGCAGAGCUACCCUGGCCGGGGCGGCGGCAGCGACGACACAGAGCUGAGGUACUCAACCCAAUAUGAGGAGCGCCUGGACCCCUUCUCUUCCUUCAGCAAGCGGCCCCCCACACUGCACCCUGACACACCAGACCAUCAGGGCAGCCCCCAGGCUCGCUAUGGUACCGUGAAGGCCCGGGGUCCACCCGGGGAGCGGCAGCGGAAAUACCUGAGCCUAAGCCCCUGGGACAAGGCCACACUCAGCAUGGGCGGCGGCAGCGACGACACAGAGCUGAGGUACUCAACCCAAUAUGAGGAGCGCCUGGACCCCUUCUCUUCCUUCAGCAAGCGGCCCCCCACACUGCACCCUGACACACCAGACCAUCAGGGCAGCCCCCAGGCUCGCUAUGGUACCGUGAAGGCCCGGGGUCCACCCGGGGAGCGGCAGCGGAAAUACCUGAGCCUAAGCCCCUGGGACAAGGCCACACUCAGCAUGGGGCGGCUGGUUCUCUCCAACAAGAUGGCCCGCACCAUCGGCUUCUGCUACACGCUAUUCCUGCACUGCUUGGUCUUCCUGGUGCUCUACAAGCUGGCAUGGAGCGAGAGCGUGGAGCGGGACUGUGCCACCUUCUGUGCCAAGAAGUUCGCCGAUCACCUGCACAAGUUCCACGAGAAUGACAACGGGGCGGCAGCCGGUGACCUGUGGCAGUGA